CGACAAAGUAGGCAGCUCCUACUGCUCCUCAUCACAGCCAACCUCUCCUCCUCCUCCUCCUUCGUAGCCACCACCUUCUCCGAUGUAGCCUCCUUGUCCUCCUCCGUCGCAACACCCUCGUCCUCCUCCAUUGUAAGGUCGUCCUCUGCACUCCUCGACGAGGAGGAGGUCGAGGAGGAGGAGAGGAGAGGAGGAGGAGGGUAGGAGGAUGAGUAGGAGGGUGGAGGAUGAAGGAGGAGGGCGCUAUGAUGGAGGAGGAGGAGGAGGCUACAAUGGAGGAGGGGAGGAGGCUACAAUAGAACGCCAAGACGAAGGAGGAAGAGGACAAAGAGAAGGUUGGGUGAUAGGAGGAGCAGGAAACUACAGUGGACGAAGAGGAGGUGGAGGAGGAGGUAAGGGGGCAGAUGAGGACGACGCUACAAUAGAGGAGGACACUGCGACGAAGGAGGAGGACGAGGGUACGGCGGAGGAGGAGGUGGCUACGAAGGAGGAGGAGGAGGAAGAGGAGGAGGAGAGGUUGGCUGCAAUGGAUGAGCAGGAGGAGCUGCCUACAAUAUAGGAGUAGGAAAAGGAGUCUAUGAUGGAGGAAGAGGCGCAGGGGAGAUGAGAAGGAGGAGGCUACCAUCGAGGAGGAGGACAAGGCAAAGGAGGAGGAGUAGGAGGAGGUAUGAAUCCAUCAAUUAAACAUGCCCACCACACAGCACCAUAUCCAUGCCAUAUUUCCUUAACUACGACCCGGAGGGCUGGAGGGAAGCCAACACGUCUCUAUCAAUCAAUCAAUCGCGUCGAGCCGA